AUGGGCUCCGCUGUCGAAGGCGAUAACAAUGGGGGAGGACCAGUCGAGAGCGGCCGCCGCCCCAGGUCCUCCGUUCUCAAAAGCUUCAUCCACCGACGUAACCAGUCUGAGGGCUCCGCGCUCUUCACGUCCCCGCCGUCCGUCCAGAUCACAACAACAACAACCACCACCACCUCCUCCUCCCAACACAUCCAAGCCGCCUACGACCGCCUCGAGGGGAAGAUGCUGCCUCCGCCGUCUCCCCUCCGCACCGAAGGCUUCGGCGCCCUCGGCGAGCUGAACGGAAACUCCCAGCAGGGCGGCUCCCCGCGGAAGCUGCCAGACGACGACCGACGCGACCGAUCACGCUCCCCGACAAAAUCCACCUUCAGCACCCUGUCCCUCAAGGGCCUCACCAAGGAAGCCCGCAAGUCCCGCGACGUGUCCCCCGAGAAGCCCAAGAAGACAAAGUCCAGCACGAACCUCGCCGGCUUCCUGUCGCGCCCCAAGUCGACGCUGUCCCUCAACAAGACCUCCUCCAAGGAGAAGGAGGACGAGCGCCGCAUGGCCAAGGACAAGGAGAACCGCACCCCGCCGAGCUCGACGUCGAGCGCCGACAUGUCCGCCAACGGCGUCGGCGGGCCCGCGCCGCCCAUAUACGCGCAGUUCUGCAGCCAGGAUCUCGGGAGCACGGGGCUGCGAGGGAAACAGUCGUUUGACCACGGCAGCGGGCGAUACGGGAGCGAGGCGUCGUCAAAUGACGCCAUGGCCCCCAAGAAGCAGCGGCCCAAGUCGUAUCAUCCGUCCACGGCGAUAUCGAAGCACGAAUCCACACAGGACCUGCGUAGUAGGCCACCGGCUAACGGUCGGGAGCCGUCUUCGUCAGAGAGGAUCACCAGCAAAGUCCAGCGGCCAAAGCUGUUCACGGCUUUCUCGGCCAUGUCGCAAAAGACGACCAAGACGAAAUCACCGGUUGAGACCCCAGACCGGCCAAUCGAUCCCAAGGAGAUCGACCAGCACCUGGAGGCUAUGCUCGACCGGCGCAACAUCCCCGAGAACCAGCGUUACAAGAUGCGGAACCUCGCCGACACGAUCAAGAUGGAGUUUAUCCGCCAAGACUGGGCCGAGAUGGCGGCAAAGGAGGCAGCCGGCAACGAAGGCGCCAACGAGCCAGCCUCUGCUGCGCCGAAUGCGGGCUCAGACAAGGAAGAGGUCCCGCAGUCCAAACGCAGCAGGGGAAGGAGCUUCACCCUCUCACGCAAAAAGGACCAAUCGGCGUCCAGCUCGCCGACGAAGAAGUCCAAGGGCGACUCCUCAUCCAUCGGCCGCCACUUCAGGAGCAAGUCGACGGAGAGCGUCACGAGCGAGCGGCCAGUGUCGGCGGCGAGCUCCACCGCAAGCAACGGCAUUCUUUCUAAGAUCAAGUUCGGCCAGGGGCCGGGCGACUAUGUUUCGUAUCUGCGCAAGGUGCAGAAGCCGGAACUCGUCGAGGUCGGGAAGCUACACAAGCUGCGCCUGCUGCUGAGGAAUGAGACGGUCUCCUGGACCGAGGACUUCAUCAAGCAGGGCGGUAUGGAGGAGAUUGUCGGGCUGCUCAACCGCAUUCUGGCAGUUGAGUGGAGAGAGGAACAUGAAGAUGCUCUCCUCCAUGAGAACCUCCUCUGCCUCAAGGCCCUGUGCACCACGGCCCUGGCCUUGCAGUACCUUCACUCGAUUCAUGCCGACCUCUUCCCGAAACUUUUGCAUAUGCUAUUCGACCCCGAGAAGAAGGGUCCAAGUGAAUUUACCACGCGUAACAUCAUCACGUCAGUGUUAUUUACAUACAUCGAGUCCGCCACUCCGCCAGAGCGUGUCGUCCGCGCCAAGACGAUGCUCGGCUACCUGCGCAACCCCCAGCCCAAGGAAGAAGAGCGGCCCCUCGGCUUCGUUUUGGAGAUGCGCAAAGACCGCCCUUAUACCGUCUGGAACAAGGAGGUCGUAAGCGUCACCAAGGAAGUCUUUUGGAUCUUCCUCCACCAUCUGAACGUCAUCGCCUUGCCCUCGGAAAUGUCAACCAAGGGCGGCGCACCCCUGAGCGCCAUUAUCAACGGCAGCACUCCCGAGCCUUAUGGUUAUAUGCACAGGCACUUCCCCUCGGAGCGCCCGCCCGUCCCGGCCGCUCCAUACGUGGGUGGCGUGGAGUGGGAUGCAACGAAUUACCUCGCCUCCCACCUCGACCUGAUGAACGCCAUCAUCGCCUGCACACCGACGGCGGACCAGCGCAACGCCCUUCGCAACGACCUCCGCAUCUCCGGCUGGGAAAAGGUCCUCGGCGGCAGUCUCCGGCUCUGCAAAGAAAAGUUCUACGGCUGCGUGCACGAGGCCCUCCGCUGCUGGGUCGCCGCCGCCACCGAGGACGGCUGGGACGCGAGGGACGUCCGCUACGGCCCGCCUCCGGAGUCGCGGGGCGCUAGUCCCGCAAAGAAGAGCCCGGUCAAGAAGCCCGUCGAGCCCGCGCCCAAGAUUGAGAUCCCGAAGCUCGAUUUCGGGUUGGACCGCCAGCCGGGACGGACCCCUGCCAAGGAGAGGGACGUCUGGCUGUCAUAG